ACUAGACAGAGCUCCACGCGCUCUCCCGUACCAACACAAUGGCAGGUUUCUGGCAACAAGAAGACUUCCGUCUUCAGCAUCCACAGCCUCAAGAAGGCCAUUAAGAAACUCAUCAAGAAGACACGCCCUAACAAAGAAGAGAAGAAGGCAAAGGAAGACAAGGUCUAUCGCGUUGACUUCGAGGCCGAGAUCGAGGACAAUCUUGCCAACGAAGCCCUGGAAGCUCGCUUCAUCCAGAUCAUUGAAGCCUCGCCCGCCGCCCUUGACCUCAACCUCAACCUGAAGGGCUCCCUAGUGGUUGGCGCCGCCCCCGAGAUGGACAUUCAGUUCGGCACCUUCUGGACCAUCGAGGACAACGACGGCUGGGACCUCUGCCGAGACCUGUUCAUGACGCCCCCCGCAUCGCGCCCCGCCCCCACCCAGGCCGCUUAGACGUCGCCCACGCCCUCGUGCUGUGAUGUGUCGCCCCAUGAAGGGAUCUGCUGCCAUAAUGCCUCCACUACUGCUGAAGUCUCGAGGCUUACAUGAAGGAACUUCGAGAGGCGCUGCGCUGCCAGACGUGGAGCAGAGCUGGGGAUCACACCUCGGCUGUAGCUGUGAUAGUACUGGAGGUCUUCUACAAGAGGUCAUCCGUGCCUUGGGUCGCCGUCGUCAGGAGCGUCGAUCCACUCCACUGUGAUACCAGGGGAAACAACCACUCCGCCUGCUGUUGUGAUAUUACUACUUAAAUAUAUUUUUUUUAACAAAAUAAAACCAAAAUGAACCG